AUGCAGGCCACCGGGAGCGUGACCUGGGUCGUCGGCGCGCAGGCGUCCGUCUUGGGCAGAUGCACCGGCGGCGGGGUGCCGUACCCGUCCUCCUCCCCUGCCCCGUCAGGCGGUAGGUUCCAGGGGCUCGGCGCCGUGCGGUGCUGCGCGCAGACGCAGGCGCAGGAGAAGAAGCCGCGGGUGAGGAAGACCAAGGAGGAGCGGAGGGAGAUGGUCCAGUCCUUCGUUGACACGUAUCGGGUUUCAAACAAUGGGAAAUUUCCUUCAGUCAAUCUUACACACAAGGAAGUCGGAGGAUCAUAUUAUAUAGUCCGUGAAAUUGUGAGAGAUAUCAUCCAAGAGAACAGAGUUCUUGGCCCUGGUGGCUUGAAUGCCAAGACCUUGAGUUUUGAGGAUAGCCCUGAUUCUUCAGAAUUGUCUACGGCCCAUGAAUUGGGCCAACACAACAUAGAGAUAUUAGACAUGUCUGACAAGGAGGAAGCAUUUCCAAUGCAAAAGAAUUUCAUAAGCACUCAGCAACUACUUGGUUCAGAUAUUCUCUUGGAGCCUGGUAUUCUGAAUAGUGUAGCCAAAAAUGGGAACGUAGGAGAUGCAGCGUGCUUGGAGGAGGACCUUGAGAAACAAGAUGAAGCCUUGUAUUUGAAAUCAGAGAUUAGUAGUUCUGAAAUGCAAGCCCCUUCACUUGCCCAUGUUUCUGAUUUGCAUAAUGAAAUUGAUCUCAACACUCUCGAGGAUUCUCAUGAGGUUACAACCAUCACUGAUGAAGUCACUCAUUUCUCAGAUCCUAGUGAUGUUUCUCAAAUAAAUGGUGCGCUUCUACACGAGCAUGUGGCGUUACCUGAUGACUGUGAUGACAUAACUAAUAGUGCUGUUGAUGAAGCUAAUCUUUGCCUAGAAACCAAUGGAGUUCUUGAAACAAGUCAGGUCCUAAUAGAGGAGCAUGAGAUAUUGCCUGAAACUGCAAGUAUCAUGACUAAGGAUGUUCAGAUUACAGAUGGCGAAUUUGUAUCUCCAACAUCUGCAAAUCAAAUGGAUGCUUAUACCUCAGAUACAAGUGCAGAAACUUUAGCCGUGUCUAUUGACUGCCAGGAUGUGGUUGAGCAACCUCUGCUUGAUGCCGACCCAAACGGACAAGCUAUGUCAGAAGAUCUUGCUUCUCAACCAGCAUUGGAUGCAAAGGGGUUGUUGCAAAAGGAAGACCAGGACGUCACAUUAGAGAAAGCUGAAAGUAUAUUGAAGAAAUCAAUAUCUGGCAUCACAAGCGAAGAACUGGAGGCAAGCAAGGCCAAGCAUGAACAUGGGAUAAACACCACGACAACGAUCAGCAGGGGAACUGGGAAGGGACAGCAUAAGAAAGAGGACAACCUAUUUUGGCUUAUCAUCAGGGCAUUUGUUGUUUCUAUGUCCAAGUUGUGGGCAAAAUGAGUGAUGGGCGAUUGUCUUCUGGGACCGCUG